AUGUACCUCGACCAGGAUCCAAGCCCCACCGCAGCGCCGCGAAUGGUACAGCGACCCAUGUCUAGCCAGACCUUCGGCAUUCUCCAGCAGCAGGUGUGCAUCCCUAUCAAUUGCACCCUGCCGGAGAUGUUGGAUGGAGUGCCGGUGGUGUUGACUGGCCAAACCUCCUCCUUGGUCUCCAUCAGGGCCAAUGUGCAGCACAUCGAGUGCGAGGGCAUCGCCUACGACGCCGUCUGCCGCCCCGUCUGUGCCCCGGGCUUCGUGGCCGAGGCGGAGAUCUUUCGCUGCGCCGCCUCGGGAAGCUUCGAGGGGGCCAUCAGCUGCCGCGCACAGAGCUGCCCCGUGCCGCCAGCGCCCUCUGUGGGAACUCUGCUGAGCUGCGGGUCCAAGCAGGGGGACCUUUGUGAGGUGCUUUGUCCGGCUGGCUACUUCAACAACGCGUCCUACAAAUGCGAGGAGGGCACCUGGCAGGCGCCCUCCGCGCCCUGCGCGGAGCGGCGCUGCGCGGAGAUCCCGCGGUUGGCCAACACCAACCUCUCCCUCGAGGCCUGCGCCGACCAGCCAUCAGGCUACCAGUGUCCGGUGAGCUGCCUGGCUGGCUACACCUUGCAGGGCCAAGUGACGUGUGAGAGGGGCGCCUAUGUGCAGUCCGGCCUGGGCUGUGUGUCCUCCGCGGCGGGGAGCACUCGAAGCCAAGUGGUGCUAGGGAAAUGGACCUCAGUGUCCUCCUCGGCGACCUCGCUGCGAGGCCGAGCGGGAGCGGCUGUGCACGCAGCCCUGACGCUGGACUCUGAGCUGACAGCCUUCGGCUUGGGCGUGCAGAUGGCGGCGGAGUUCGCCUGGGGUGACUUGCCUCUGGCGCUGCUCGCAGACUCCCCGCUGCCACCACACCUUGCGCUGCGCUCGGCGGCGGUGGUGGCGGCGGCAUUGUCUGCGGCGAACAGCUCGUUUUCGGAUGUCUCGGUGUCCCUUCUGGAGCUUGCGCUCUAUCACCUCGACAUGGACAGCGCCUGGUCCAACUUCUCCUUGGGCCUCAGCCUGGCGAGUGUGGACCGAAUCAAUGCACUGCUCUCUUCGGGCAUUUCCGGCCUCUCCCCCCGGCAGCAGAUGCAGACGCGGGCAGUGCGCGCCGCAGAGCAGCCGGGUGCUGCCGCCGUAGCUGCGUCUGGCAUCUCUGCCGUGGAUGCGGAGACGCGCCUGGCCUUGCGCGGGAUCUUCGAUGGCGCCCUGUGGGCCAACGUCUCGCCCCACUCCGCCGCCCAAGACGCCGCCUUCGCGCAGACCGCUGUGCGGGGCCUGGAGCUGAAGGAGCUGGGCCUGCUGCGGCUCUUCCUGCAGCCCAGCCUCCGCUCCGCCACGAAUCUGGCCUCGAUUUCGCAGCGCCUGGCUCGUUUGGCUCACAUUGCCACGGAGCUCGGCAACCUGGAGGGCUACUUCUCCGCGGGCUCCGCGCCGGCGCAGCUGGCGGCGGUCUACGCGGUGGGCUUGGAGUUCGGGCUUACGGAGGUGGAGGCGCAAGAGCUGGUGGCGGCGACCGCGUGGCAUGUUUACUCGAGACGCCCUGCACGGAUACCCAGCUCCGGUGUCUGCCGCAGCGGCUUUUGGCGCUGA